AUUUUGCUUCUUCUUUCACGUGUCCCAGGGUACUUUGAGUUUAUAGUACUUAAACAGCAGUGCUCCUGCUCCUGCCACUGGCAACCUUGCUUAUGGAACAGAUGAGUUUCAGAAGUAGUUUGUAAUAUGUCUGGCCACAGUUAUCCAUGUCUAGGUGACUUCUCAGUUUGACUACUGCAAUGCACUUUACAUGGGGCUGUCAUGGAAGACUGCAGCUAAUGAAGAACACUAUGGCUAGACUCCCAACUGGGACCAGAUGAAGAGAUCACAUUUCAGCUGUACUAAAACAACACUGUUGCUCAGGUAUGGUCUGAAGGCACAUAAAUCUACCACCUUGCUGAAGCUAAGCAGGUCUAGGUCUGGUCAGUGCCUGGAUGGGUGACCACCUCGGGACCACAUGUUCGCUGCCUUGAGUUCCGUGGCAGAAGAGAGGCAGGAAAUAAAUUGGUAUUUAAUCAGACAUGAAGCAUAUAAGGUGAGCCUGGCAGCAUCCUUGUACUUUGCUGGGUUGCUUAUUGGAAAUAUAUUGUUUGGUCAACUGUCAGAUAAACUGGGCAGGAAGCCUGUGUAUCUAACAGGUCUUUUCUUAGAUGUCAUUUUUGGGUAUGUUUCAGCAUUUGCUCCAAACUAUGACAUUUUUGCAAUGUCGCGCUUUUUCGUUGGAAUUACAAAUGGUGGUAUGUCUCUAGUGUCUUUUGUUUUGACACAAGAAUAUGUAGGAAAAUCCUUUUGGGCACUGACAGGUUCAUUAACAAAUUUGACAUUUGCGGUUGGCAUAGCAAUUUUUGCAUUAUUGGGUUAUUACAUAAGAGAGUGGCGUUUCCUUGCCUUCGUAUCCAAUUCUCCAGGACUUUUCUUUCUCCUCCUCUCUUUCAUGCUUCCAGAAUCACCAAGAUGGUUAUACUCCCAAGGGAAGACAACAGAAGCAGAGAAUGUGCUACAAUACAUAGCCCUUGGUAAUGGGAAAGAAAGAUUGUCUGUGAAACUGAAGCAAUGCACAGGAGCAGUAAAAAAGGAUGAUUCAGCUUCUGGUGUCCGAAGCCUCAUUAAACAUCCAGUCCUUCGGUGGCGCACUGUCAUCUUGAUGUAUAUUUGGUAUGUAUGCAGCCUUGUCUAUUAUGGCUUAACGCUGAAUGCCGGAGAAUUGGGAGGAAACCUAUAUCUAAAUGUAGCUCUUUCUGGCCUGGUAGAAGUUCCAGCAUUUCCACUCUGCAUGUUCUUCAUUGAAAAAUCAUGGUCAGGAAGACGUAAAAGUACAACUGCUUUUUUGAUAUUUUCAGGCCUUGCCUGUAUAUUCACCAUGUUCCUACCAGAAAAUAGAGGUGGAUUUUUAUUCAGUCCCAACAUCUUAGCUUUAUAUGGGAAAUUGACUGUAAGUGCUGCUUUCAACAUCGUAUAUAUUUACACUUCAGAACUCUACCCAACAGUAGUGAGAAAUGCUGGCUUAGGUGUAUGUUCAAUGACUUGUAGAUUUGGUGGUAUUUUGGCUCCAUUUGUCCCUUCCCUGAAAUCCCUUGGCCCAUCUGUACCAUUUGUGGUCUUUGGAAUCAGUGGAUUGUCAGCUGGUUUCCUUACUCUUCUACUACCAGAAACUGUGAAUAAACCCAUUGCAGAGACCAUUGAUGAUUUGCAGACACCUACCUACCAAAUACUUAAAAACAAAAAGGUAAAUCAGUUAGAAGAAGGCAAUUAGUGUGCAAAAACCAUAUCUUGGUUGAAAAUGACAACAGUACUUCCACUGUUGAGGUGUGGUGCCAUCAAGAUUCAACUCUAAAAGUAUUUUGGGAAUCUCAGUACGCUCAAUAAUGUGAACUUAAAUUGUGAAUGGCGGGAAGGGGUUAUACAAACUCACAAGGAACAAUGAAGGAGUGAAAUAUCUAUCUUAAACUGCCACACUCUAUAAAUGUUCUAGGACAUUCAGAAUUACCUGGUGAUUUAUGUCUUUGGUAACAAAAGGACCAGUCCUAUAUUGAUUAGAUGACUUAACUGUGUAAGUGUUAAAUUAUACUGGGGAUUUUUACGGUAAUCCUAAACAUGCAAGCAAGAGGAAGGUAUUUAAUUGGUGCAUCUGGUUUAUUUAAAUAGGCUCAGGAUAUCCUUAGUACAGUCUUCUUAAAGCACCUUCAGAAUGGAGGGUUACAGGUCAGCCUGGAAUAUUUAGGCGUUGUUACUUUUUACACUCUUCAUGAUGCCAAUAUUUUUGUAUUUAUGUUUUAAGAUGAAUGUUCCACAAUAUUUAUAAAGACCAAAGAUGCCUUUUGUUACUGUUUCAAACUGUUGCUGCAAUAUGACUUGUCUGUAGUAAGAAUUAAAUUUAUUGCAGUACAAACCUGCUGUUAGAAACAGUUAAAUGAUCAAUUAGGAAAUGCAGGUUUUGUGUGAAGAAGCAAGUUACCAAUGACGUUCCAUGUAUCAUGGCAGAAAAUAUUAUAUAUGAUUAUGGAUUGGAUACAAAUGUGCCCAUCCAUCUGCAGAAAAAUUCUUCCACUCAGAAGGGCUGUUAUAUAGCCCACAUCAGUGGCGUAAAGUAUAAAAGUGAAAGUAAAUCCAAAACUGUUCAUCUUUUUGCACAAGAGCCUUCUGCAUAAACUGAAUCAUGAAAAACACCAUAGACCAGGCAUAGAGAAACUCGGCUCUCCAGAUGUUUUGGAACUACAACUCCCAUCAUUCCUAGCUUACAGGACCAGUGGUCAGGGAUGAUGGGAGUUGUAGUCCCAAAAUAUCUGGAGGGCCAAGUUUGCCUAUGCCUGCCAUAGACCCUCCCUACUACACUAUAGCAUUGCAAUGAGCUGCAAGCCCUUUGCAAUAUUGCAUUGCCACUUCUUUUCCUUACGGUUCUUUGAAUCCAAUCCUAACAAGAGUUUUCACAAUAUGACAUCAUACCAAAGGGAUUUCUUUUCAUUUUGCCCUUGAUAUAUGGGGAAAUUAAAGGUUAAAAUGGUGUUUUGAUAGCCUGCUAGAAACAAGGCCUACAGUUUAUAGCAUUCAAGCAGACUGCUGUCAGCUGUCAGCUGUCAAACCAUUUUUGGUGUCUGGCAGACUCAGCUGACAACGAUCUACAUUUACAGUUUGAUUUCAGUGUCCAACUAUUUAAGUAAAGUAAGCAUAGCAAAAUAAUAAUGAUAAAACACCCUUACGAUACCUGGCUUACAAUCCUUUAAAUAUCUAUUAUUUAUUUAAACAUCCUGCUUCAGCACUUGGUUAUUAAACUUGACGAACUAUUGGGUUUGUGGGGCCUUUUUUAUAUAUACUUCUGCAUAUUUCAUUUUUUAAAGUUCCAGAACAUACCAGCCAGAACUUUUUGUCCAUGUCAUUGGGUAAUUCAUUAAUUUAUAUUGGUGUUCAUGUCCAAAAAACAGAAAAAAGAUGGAAGACCCAUUUUUUUAUGUGGGGUUUUGCUUAUAAUUAUGGAAAGCUUUAUAAAUCUAUAUUUUUGUAAGAGAAAAUAUAGCUCCUGUGGAAGCAGAAGUGAGUUGCUAAGAUAAUUCUCCACCAACUUACCGACACAUAAUGAAAUAGUUCUCAUGUCAGAUAAAUAAUAAUGUAUCUUUAAUGAGGCUGUUUUAUUCCAAUGAUGUUUCAAAUGGCUAAUAAAAACACCUUUUAAAUGCU